UUGACCUUCUGCGUUGCAGGGAUUUGUCCACGAAACGACGAUGAUCAACGGGGAUGGAAGUUAGUUCAAAAGUCACUGCCAAGAAUUCUUGAAUAUGGCAGAGAGGAAGGCAUACUUAAAGAGCGAGUUAGUUUGUUUCCCUUUUAUUUUAACUUUUUGUUCACAUCUGAGGUUGUUGGCUUCUAUUUGGUGUUUCAAAGUGUCAUCCUCAUGGCUGGUAAUUCAAUGAUUGAGGUGGCAACCUUUAAUCUUCCGGGCUUAUUGCUUGAAGGGGCUGAUGAUACGAAGGUCGCAAAGGAACAGAAAACUGAAGAUAAAGUGAACCUGCCAACUAAUGAUAUUACCGUCAUGCAUGAAGCAAUACCGUUCUUGCCAGUACCCAUUGCUUUACUGUGCUUAACUUUCAAUAUACUGCUUCCUGGCUUUGGUAAGAUAAUUAGUACAAUAUUAAGUGGCAUAUGCGGUCUUUGUAUGGGACAGCCACGUAUAAACUUCAAAGAAGGUAGAAAGUUGAUGACUCUUCUUGUCAACUUUUUAGUUGGAGUCAGUCAAUUCUUUACCAUAACAUUUCUGUUUGUCGGAUGGUUUUGGUCCAUAUCUUGGGGAAUACUCAUAAUUAUACAUUCCAUGCAAUAUCGAGAAGCGUUACAGCAACGUCGACAAGAAGCAGUUGCUACCGCAGCUAUUGAAGCACUAACCAAAGAUUCAAUACUCCACCGGCGUGACGUUAAAACUUUGGUUAAGUCGAGCAAAAAGCCUAGGGAAAGUCAAAGCUAG